GCCAACCAAAAUGGCGUCCGGAAUUUAUUUCAUUGUAAACCACGCCUUACAACCGUAAUAGUCUUCCCACGCAAGCAAUUCUCACUCUGGGUGGUCUAUUACCUUGAUAAGAAUGUACUAUACAAAGUACAUUACCUUAAUAAGGUAUGUAGUUAUUUUAGCUAACAGUUCUUGGAACAUAUAACACUCAAACUCAUCAAAACAUUUCUAGGAAUUGUUUAUAAGGCACACUCUUAGAAAUCAGGUAGAUCUGCUAUAUAAAUUAUGUAUAAAAUAAAAGAACCAAGCUAGGUGUAGAUUUAUCACAAUUGUUUUAGAUAGAUAGCUGCUGCAAAUGCAAAUGAGCUUGCUUGGUAUUUUCGCUUUCUUUGUGGCCUUAGUUUGUGCUGUUCAGGGCCAAACCCGUGGAACUGUUCGACUGGUUAGAAAUGGAGUUCCAGAUGUCUCAUCAGCUUAUUCAUCUGGAAUAGUUGAGAUUUUUUACAGUGCCAGCUCCUCCACUACAAACAUCUGGGGUAACAUCUGUGAUGAUACAUCUUUUGGUGAUUCUGAAGCUAAUGUCAUUUGUAACCAGUUGGGAUAUAAUGGAGUAUCAACCUAUGGCAGAGCUGGUAGCACAUCAAGCUAUGGAACUGAUACAGCUGCCACAAUUGUUGAUGAUGUUAAAUGUACUCUUAGUACAUAUUUGACACUUGACCAAUGCAGACUUACAACAACCAUCUCAAGUUUUUGUGCCAGUGAUACCGAAGAUAUAUAUGUAUCAUGCAGUAAGUAAAAGAACAACAGGAAAAGCGCAAGUGUAUAAUUAUAUUUACAACCACAAUUUUU